AUGAUGAAGAAAGUAUUAAGAAAUGCAUUUUAUUUUUUAGUUGUUUGCUUUUUUAUAAAUAUAAAAUUAUAUUCUUUUGAAAAAAUUAAAUUAAAGACAAAUGAUAUAACAAAUGAGUUACAAUAUGUACCAAUUAAAAAUAAGAUAGAAAAAUUUUAUGAUAAAAAAUUAGUAUUCAUAACGAAUAUAAAAAAUUAUGAGCAAGUUUACAAUAAUUUUUUAAGAAUAUUUAAGGGAGAAAAUAAUAAUAAUAAUUUUAUUAAAAAGGUAGUAUACAUUGAUGAUAAAAAUAAAAAUGAAAAAGAAUCUGAGAUUUAUAAAAAAGAUAAAAAUAAUGAGAAUAAUUUAUCAAAUUACAACAAAUCUGAUAACAAAACCAAUUAUAAAAAUUUGUUGAAUCUAUUUGAUUAUUCUUUAUAUGAUGGAUUAGUGAUAAUAUUAGAUGUUUUAAACGAUCAUUUUGUUCAAAAUGUAGAUAUAAAUUAUAUAAAAUUGUUUAUAGAAAAAAAAAAAGAUAUAUUUUUAAGUCUAAACACUGUUAUAGGAAAAAAAGCAAUAAAUUUUUUAAGGAAAUUAAACAUAAAAGUGUAUGGUAAUUAUUCAUAUAUUAAUGAUUAUUUUAAUAAUAUAUUAUUAAAAAAUAAAAUAAAGAAAUUCAAAACAGAUAUGCAUAAGGACAAACAAUUACACACAUUUUAUACUAACAAAUUAAUAAAAAAUACCCCAAUAAUAAAAAAUGAUGAAAUAAAUAAUAUAUUAUUUAAAGGAACUGGCCAUAUAAUAUUGUUAGAAAAUAAAUAUUACCUAAAUAUAUUAGGAUGUACUAAAACAUGUUUAUUGUAUGAUCAAAGUCAUAAUAUUUUAAAAAAAAAAAAACAAGGAGAAGAAUUAUCAUUAAUAUCAUCAAUUCAAUUAGAAAAUAAUUCGAGAUUAAUCUUUUCGUCUUCUUCAGAAAUUUUCUCAGAUAUAUUUUUUAUUUUAAAUAAACAAAAUGAGACAUUUACCAAAAAUUUGGUUAUGUGGAAUUUUAAAAUGAGUGGCAUAAUUCGAUACAAUAAUUUUAAGAUUUUUCAUGAUAAAUAUUAUGAAAAUAAUACUGAUAAAUUAAAAAAAAAACACACAUUUUUUAUAAAUGAUUAUUUUCAUAUGAGUAUUGAUUUUUAUGAGCUAAUAAACAACUAUUGGGUACCAUUUAAAAAAAACGACAUCCAAUUUAAUUUGAUUAAAAUUGAUAUUAUAUAUAGGAAUUUUUUAGAUAAGUAUAGUUGUGAUGAUAAUCCAACUUAUUAUAAAAAAUUUAAAUUACCAAACAAGCAUGGAAUAUAUAAAUUACAAAUAUAUUAUUUAAGAAAGGGUUACAACAUUUUAGAUUUGGAAUAUUUUAUACCAGUUCGAACAUUAUUACACUACGAUAAAAACAAAAAAGUUAACUUUAAAAAUUAUCCGUUUUAUUUAUAUAUAUAUAUAUCUUUAUUUUGUUUUUUUUUAUUUGUGUUAAUCAUGUUAUUUGACAAUUCAGAAUGCGAAGAAAUAACAAACGAUAAAAAAAAUAAAUAA